AUGAUGCCUAGACUCGCCGCCUUUGCCGCCCUCAUGGGGCUGGCCGCCGCGCAGCAGGUCGGCAAGGAGACGACCGAGACGCACCCCAAGAUGACGUGGCAGAGGUGCAGCGCCGGCGGGUCGUGCACGACGGUGAACGGGGAGGUCACCAUCGACUCCAACUGGCGGUGGGUGCACGACAAGAACGGCUACACCAACUGCUACAACGGCAACUCGUGGAACUCGACCAUCUGCAAGGACCCCCAGGGUUGCGCGUCGAACUGUGCCGUCGACGGCGCCAACUACGCCGGCACGUACGGCGCUUCGACCAGCGGGAAUGCCUUGACCCUCAAGUUUGUCACCAAGGGGGAGUAUUCUACCAACAUUGGCUCCCGCCUGUACUUGAUGGCUAGUUCUUCCAAGUAUCAGAUGUUUACUCUGCUUGGCAAUGAGUUUACCUUUGAUGUGGAUACUUCGAAGCUCGGAUGCGGUCUCAAUGGUGCUCUGUAUUUCGUCUCCAUGGACGAGGACGGUGGCGCUUCCAAGUACCCUGGGAACAAGGCCGGCGCCAAGUAUGGUACUGGCUACUGCGAUGCGCAAUGCCCGCGUGACUUGAAGUUCAUCAACGGCGAGGCCAAUGUAGGCGACUGGAAGGGGUCGUCCAACGACGCGAAUGCCGGUGUGGGGAAAUACGGUUCUUGCUGCACCGAGAUGGAUAUCUGGGAAGCAAACUCCAUCUCAACCGCCUUCACUCCCCACCCCUGCACCACGGUCGGCCAGCACCGGUGCGAGGGCGACGGCUGCGGCGGGACCUACUCGAACGAGCGGUACUCCGGCACGUGCGACCCGGACGGCUGCGACUUCAACGCGUACCGGCAGGGGGUGCGCGACUUUUACGGCCCGGGCAUGACGGUGGACACAACCAAAAAAAUGACCGUGGUAACCCAGUUCCUCAAGGGCUCCGACGGGCAGCUGUCCGAGAUCAAGCGGUACUACGUGCAGGGCGGGAAAGUGAUUGCCAACGCCGAGAGCGCCAUCGAGGGCAACCCGGGCAACAGCAUCACGGCCGAGUACUGCCGGGCGCAAAAGGUGGCGUUUGGCGACCGCGACAUCUUUGAGGAAAAAGGCGGCAUGCCCCAGUUCAGCAAGGCCCUCGCCGCGCCCAUGGUCCUCGUCAUGUCGCUGUGGGACGACCACUACGCCAACAUGCUCUGGCUCGACUCGACCUACCCGACCGACGCCAGCCCGGACGAGCCCGGCAAGGGCCGCGGCACGUGCGACACCUCGUCGGGCGUGCCGGCCGAGAUUGAGGCCAGCCAGGGGAACAACCAGGUGGUUUUCUCAAACAUCAAGUUUGGUCCUAUCGGCUCGACUUUCAAGCAGCCGUAA